AUGAUAAUAACGGUACUGGUACUUGUACUGUUGAACGGGUUCUUAAGUUAUGCGGAAUAUGUGACUAUCAAUUGUAGCAAUCAUUCCGAGUCAAAUUUGACUUUUGUUCCUAGUAAAGAUGUUGCUGGACGUUAUAAUAUUAAUUGGUGUACAGAGAGUGAUAAAGAGGUGACAAGUUGGGAGCUGACUUUGAGGUAUAUUGAAAAUAGGUCAGAGAAUGAAUGCCAAUAUAGCCUUAUGAUGAGAGGUCCUCAACACUCAUUCUUUCGAAGAAGAUUGAAUAUGGAUCUCAACUGUACAAAUGUGUGCUUUUCAACAAGUUUGGACCUAAUAUUUAAUGGCACUUGUUAUCACAUAAAGACCCUACUUCAUCAUGGAAAUAACAGUACCAGUCCAAGUGAUUAUGUUUUUUAUGCCAAGAAUGAAUUUUCAAAACAACAUUUUACAGACAGCCAAAGUCCUGUCAAUACACAAAGUAAUGGUGAGCAUCUGACUGUUCACUGGUUCCUGAGCUACAUACCCGCUUCAGAGUAUUCAAUGGAUUUGUUUGGGGACUCAACUGGUCAGCUACCGAAAGACGUAACCGACAAUUGUACCGUAGUAGGCAGAAGGCAAACUGAAAUAGUGUGCUCUUUGUGGGUCCCCUACGGUGACUAUCGGAUGGGGCUCCAUCAUUUGGCACCUUGGACAACCGGAUCGAUAUUUAACUCUAUCACAAAUAGAGAGUACAGUUUUGAGCAUAAACCAGAGAACCCGGUGCCUGUUACACAUAACAAUAGUGGGCUGCUAUGGAUCAGUUGUGGAGCUCUUGCCUUCGUUCUUACACUUACCGUUGCCCUUGUGCUAAUUUGUCGCCGUAUUGAAAGCAAAAGAGUCUGGAUGCAAUGGAUAAUGCAAUCAGUAUGGAAGCGGAAUUCGCCAGGAAUGUGUCGCGGUCGCAUAGUGCUCGUAUACGCAAGAGAUUGCCCGCACGUUAUGAGGCUGGCUGCUGCAUUAAGAACGCUUUUGGCUCGUGUCACUGAUGACCCGGUGUAUGACGUAUACUGUCCCGAACGCUGGUCGGUAGUCGCAGGUGCUGCGGGUGAGUGGAUGCGACGAGCUGUGACGUCACCUGACACACGACUGGUGUUAUUGCAGACACCUGCGCUGCAACACCUGCAUCGGGCUACUGGGGACCUUACGCCUGAACAUCCACUGCUAGGCAGUGUUGCGGUGUACCGUCAGCCGCAUGGUGCUGAUGAAUUGGUGACGCUCGCAUUGCGGCUUCUCAACGAAACUGCGCACCGUACCGUGCAGUACCGCAAGUUCUAUAAGAUUACUGUAUCCGGUCUGGAAGUGGACGUAGUACCCACAGUGACCCCUUACCGCAGCUAUCAGUUGCCCCAAGACGCUCUUGUCUUGCUACGAGAUCUCGAUCCAUCUUUUUUCCCCACCGAUUCAGACCAGCCCCCCAAUGAGGAGAACCGGUUCUCAAAUGAAGCCCCACUUAACCGGCUUCCCUCCGUCGAAGCCCCCCAAUCUCCCCCGGAAAACCCCGAGCUUAACAAGGAAUUGCAAGUACUUCAGGAAGCAGCCUCAGAACUGGUCGCAUACGUGCGUGAAAAUCCUGCCUAUUUGACUGAACAGCUCUUCUUUAUAUAA